AUGAAACUAUUUUUGGGUCUCUUUUCCGCCGCCGUCUUGGCUCAAGAAAAUCAAGAAGAAGAGGGAAGAAAGGUUCCAUAUAGAACUCCGAUUCAGCGACUCGAGACUUUGAACGAGUUCGGAAUUGAAUGGACCAACGCAAAUUUGAGCCCUAACCAAGCCGAGCGAUGGGCCCGAAAAAUUACCAACAACUCGGAGCGAAUGCGCAAGCGAUUCUCAAUCUGCGGCUUUUUUGAUGUUCAUAUCGAGCAUGGUGGACCUGCUCCGGAGUACAGAAAGCGACGAGAAGUCGGAGAAAUUGACGCUCCUGCUGAGCAAGAACAAGUGGAACAGGCCGCUGCUGCUGAAGAGGAUGAUCUUCUCACCGUCAGAUAUGACACCAACAACCCUCUGAUCGGCCUCCGACAAAUCUUCACAGGCUACCGAAAAUGGGCGCUUCGAUACAUUGCAGACUGCCCUCUUCAGCCAGAAUUGCAGGUCAACCGCGCUAACAAAUGGGAAGAAAAGCUCAAGGAUCUCUACAAGAAGAACCUCGGCCUCACCACCACCACAACCACCACUACUACGACUACCACCACCCGUAAAAAGGGCGGCAAGGGCGGAAAGAAGAAUCGAUAUUAG